AUGAACAUCGACAAGCCCCUUGACCAGAUCAUGGCCGAGCGCCCCAAGAAGACCGGUGGUGCCGGUCGCAACAGCCAGCGUCGUGGUCGUGGCGGUCGCAGCUCCCGCCCUGGUGCCAAGGCUGCCGCUCUUGGUAGCGGCGCUCAGAACGCUGCUGUCAUCGCCGCCUCGAACCGCAACAAGCCCCCCGUGGUGAUCCCUGGCCGAAGCGGCAACACAGGUAGCAAGAUCAUCCUCAGCAACUUGCCUCUGGAUGUCACCGAGGCCCAAGUCAAGGAACUCUUCUCGACCACCAUCGGCCCUCUCCGCAAGGCGGCAAUGAGCUACCGAGCUAACGGCCAGUCCACCGGCGUUUGCACUGUUGAAUUUUCGCGUGCCGACGAUGCUGGACGUGCCUACACCCAGUACAACAACCGAUUGAUCGACGGAAAGAAGCCUCUCAAGGUCGAGGUCGUCGUGGACCCCGCCAAGGUGGCCGCCGCACCCGCGAACGCGACCAAGGGAGCCAAGGGUGCCGCUGCUGCUGGCGCCAAGGGCAAAGGAGGCCGCGCUGCUGCUGGUGCCUCGACCCGGGGUCGUGGUCGCGCGCGUGGCACCAAGCGUGAGGCUCGUCCCAAGAAGACCGUCGAGGAUCUCGACGCCGAGAUGGAGGACUACAACAAGCAGAGCACCACCGACGCUGCUCCUGCCGCCUAA